ACUACACGAUGCUUCGGCACGCUGUCCGCCGCGCGUCGCAGGAGGUUGUUCGGCGGCCGACGGCACUGGCUGCUGUGCAUGGAGCAACUUCAAGGAGCGUCGAUUCGCUUGUGCUGCAACGUGCGUACACCCCACUGCGUCGUAUGCCUGCAUGGCUCCAUCGCAACGGGAUUGGCGUGCGUGGAUUUGCGUCCCACCACACACCUGACGAGCAAGUCGAGAGGCUGUCGUUUUCAGAGGUGAGGAAGCUUGGGUCGACAAACAAGGACGAAUUGAUGAACAGUCGAGGGAAUCCUGCGUUCUUUACCUUGGUGAAAAGCCUCAAGUCCACGUGGCGGGACUUUUACGCGCACAAUCCGUCCCCGACCGCGAUCGAGCUCAAAACGUUCUUCAACGCCGGCCGCGCGUUGGACAUGGACACGGUGCUCGUGGAAACGGUCAUGGCGAUGCAUAAGAUGUACCCCAAGGAAAUCAAGGCCCGACACUUUAUGGAGUCGCGUGUGUCGUUCUUGCGCCUUCGCAAGUUCAACGAGAUGCUCGCCAUCUACGACGCCGAGAAGAUCGCGCAUCCCCAUCCACAGCCCAUUUUUUACAUCUGGGCGCUCACGGCGUCGAUUGAGCAAAACAACUUGGGCAAGGUCAAGGCCCUGUUGGCCGAGAUGAAGCACGAAGGCUAUAUGGUGCCCAACGAGACAGUGUCCCGGCUGCUUUUCAACUUGGCGAAGAAAGGCGACAAAGCGACCAUCUUGGAAAUCCUUUCCGAUCUCGAUCCGAAUGUGGGCAUCUGGACCAUCCCGGCCCUCAAUCGCACGCUUGUAUCCCUUGGAAUGGUUGGACUGCCUCAAGAAGCGUUCAAGUUUUAUGGGGAAUCCUCCAUGGACUUGGUCGCGUCGACAUUCAAAACUGUCCUCGAAAUUGCUGUCCGAAACGAGUGCAAAAAGGAAGCGGCCGACAUCUUGCACAACCGCAAGCUUUUCGACCUGACUCUCGAUACACCCGAGUACAACAUCAUCCUGGAAGCACUCAUCCUUCUCGACCGGACCGACGAAAUGCCGACAAUCGUGGCUGAAAUGAACGCAGCAGGAGUCCCCACCAACGCCAAGUCCAACCACCUCCUCUCGACGAAGGCGCUGGAACGUGUGUAUUUGCACAGCCGACACCAACCCAAAUCCAAGCUGGACGGCGACCUGCGCCGAUAUCUCGACAAGAAGCAGUGGGAGAAUGCCGCCCGCGCCGCCGACGCCAUCCUGGCCGAGAACUCAACUCCCCGAACGAUUCCCCAAGUGCUGGAGGCGUUCUUGGCCACGAAUCAAGUGGCCAAGAUCGACGCGGUGGUGGCGUCGAUGCAAACGGCCAAGUGGCCGAUGCCCCCGCUUAGCGCGAUCAUGCUGCUGCUCAAGCAGUACACCCGCCGCGAGGUGAAUCCGAUCGACGGGAAGGCGCAACUUGUCGACGUCCACCGUGCAUUUGAAGUGUACAAGGCGGCCAAGGUUCAAAACAUAACGAUUUUCCAGCCCAAGAUGCUGUACCCCGUCGUGCUCCAGCUCGGCGAGUGGGAAGCGGCCGUCGACUUGUUCCAGGGAAGUUUGCGCGUCGACGCCGACAACUCGGCGCACGUCCCAAUCCGCACGACCAAGGGCAUGCGCAUGGAAGCGUUCCAUGACGUGGUCCGGGUGUGCGCAAAAAUGCGCCAGUACAAAGCCAUGAUCGAUGUAGUCGACAUGAUGACGUCGCACGGCCACGAUGUGUCCCCGACGGUCUUCAAGUCGAUGUGGUUUGACCCGGUGCGGUAUUCGUUCUAUGGCCUUGACAGCGUCAACGAAAAGAGUCGAAGCGAUUUGAUGGCUCGGUUCGCGUCGGCCAUCGUCACAUGCCUGAGGAUGAUUCGAUCCCGUCAGCCGGCGUUCCAACCCGACUACACCAUGGUGGAUUCGCUGGCGAACGUGCUGUUUUACGGCAAACAGCGUGGAGCAUUGCUCGAGAUAUACCGCCAAGCGCGCAGUGACCCAAGGAAGUUCCCGCUGCCAGAGUUGACGUACCAAAAGUUGCUGCAAGUGAGCGCCGUGAAUAGCCACAACUUGGCCGAAACGAAGGAGCUGUACGAUGAAGCGAUCGCGAAUUACCCCAACGGUAAGAAGUCCCAUGGCUCGUUCGAGGGGUCGCUCGUGCGGGCGACGGCCCAAGCUGGUCACCUGGACGAGAUGCUGACGUUGCUGCGCCUGCACCCGUUGGGCGGAUCCUUCCGCAAUGCGCUGGAGGUGCUGUUCACCCAAGGUCAAUUCGACCAGGCCAAGGAAGUGCUCGAUAUGAUGCUCGACGCCGGAUUCGCCCCCAACUCGAAGGUCAUGCUCAAGGCCAUGUCGGCGCUGGCUAGUCACUCCCGCGACAGUCGGGCUCCGGACCUCACCAUGACCUUUCUCGACGCGUUCGAAUCCAGCAUUGUCGUGAACGGCCAGAUCCAGACAAAGGCGGCGGCGACGAGCUACAACACUCAGCGAAACGUUUCGGUCAGCAUGCGCGACAUCCGAUUCAUCUACUCGCUCGCCGUCCGCACGUUGGAGGAGGCGGGCGACGUCGACGCCAAGAAUACGCUCGUCGCGCGCAUGGACGCCCUCGGGAUUCAACCCGUAGCAGUUGACGCCAAGCUGAAAGGAUAGAACGAGUACAAUAGAUGCACAUCAAGUUGGAGCUGGA